GAGUUUCGCCGUCCCUAUUGAUUCAUCUUGUACCAAGUUGGAUGCCAUGUCCUGUUGUAUUUGCUUAAUAACAGGACAUUGCUGUGUACACACACAAAUUGGUGCUACGAGGAAGAAGAGUUCCAUAUAGUUGCACGGAUACUACCUAGUCUUCAUUCCAUAUGCCUACAAAAGGACCUUGUUUGAAUCCACUUUACUCGCAAGUAAUACAUUAUUUUCCAGCUUUCCUCUGCGAGUGGUAUCAUGGCCGCCUUGCAGGGGAUCUUGCUCAUCAUCCAACUCUCAUUCGUAAUCAUCAGAGUAUUGAUUGUAUCAACAACAGCAGCAGCACCUCAAGCGCUGCCUAACUGCCCUGACAAAUGUGGUAAUCUCACAGUUCCUUAUCCAUUUGGCAUGGCCGAAGGUUGUUACCAAGGAAAUGACUUCUUUGUCAAUUGUAGCCAGGCAACCGAUCCCCCAAUAGCAUAUUUGACCAAAAAUGGCACUGUCAUCAUUACCAACAUAUCCCUUGCUGAGGGUGAGUUGCAAAUAUCAGACUUUAUAGCUCGAUAUUGCUAUAGCACCUCUGCUCUGAGAACCAGAAGGAACAGCCCUGUGCUACGGCUGCCUUCUCCUUACAUCAUCUCUGAUACCAAAAACAAAUUCAUUGCCGUUGGUUGUGACACUUAUGCAAUUUUCAAAGGAUUCCAGGGCACAGAACAGUCCAUAACUGGGUGUAUGUCAGUAUGUAACAGCCUAAAAAGCGUUGAUCAGAAUUCUUGCUCUGGGGUUGGGUGUGGCCAAACAAACAUUCCUAGCGGACUGCAUAACCGUACUAUGACACUGGAUAGCUAUAGCAAUCAUUCAGGUAUAUGGGACUUUAACCCCUGCAGCUUUGCAUUCAUUGUUGAAGAGACACAGUUCAAGUUCUCUGGGAACACAAGUUUUCAACAACUGAACAGCACUACACGGCUUCCAAUGGUUCUUAAUUGGGCAAUUGGGGACGAGCCAGACCCAUGUGAUGUAGCUAAAAAGAGGCAGGAUUUCGUAUGCCAGAACUAUAGCAAGUGUGUGAAUCCCACAAAUAGGAAUGGUUACAUUUGCCAGUGCUUGGAUGGUUACGAAGGGAACCCAUACCACCCAAAUGGUUGUCACGGUGAUCUUUUCAAAUAUACAACAAAUGGGAAAUAAAGCUCAAAUUGCGAUUUAACCUGAAUGACCUGAAUAACUAAUCUGGUAUAUGUGUGUUUUCAUUUAUUUUCAGAUAUUGAUGAGUGCAAGGAUCCAAACCUCUGCAACCACGAAGAGUGCAAAAAUUUGGCAGGAAGUUACUACUGUUCAUGCUCAAAAGGAUACAAGAUCGACAGCAUGAAUGACAAGAGUUGCAUCAAAGAGAAUCCCAAAAAUAAAUCAAAGAUGACUCUCCUGCUUAUUAUUUCAUUGAGUGUAAGUAUAGGCUUAUUGGUUUUAUUUGUGGGGAUUUCGUGGAUAUGUUGCGGGAUAAAGAGAAGAAAAUACACUAAACUCAAAGAAAAGUACUUCAAAGAGAAUGGUGGCUUAUUGUUACUACAACAACUUGCUAGUCAUGGAGGCACUGUGGAGACAACAAAAAUCUUUUCCACAGAAGAACUUGAGAAGGCAACAAACAAUUACCACGAGCGUAGAAUCCUUGGAGAAGGAGGCUAUGGAACCGUGUACAAAGGAAUACUACCAGAUGACAAAGUGGUGGCCAUAAAGAAGUCAAAAGGUGGUGCCCCAACCCAAAGUGAUCAGUUUGUUAACGAGGUAAUUGUUCUUUCUCAAAUAAACCACAGAAAUGUGGUGAAGCUACUAGGUUGUUGUUUAGAGACAGAAGUGCCUUUACUAGUAUAUGAGUUCAUCACCCAUGGAACUCUUUAUGAGCAUAUUCAUAAAAAAAGAUCAUCACUGUCAUUUGAAUUACGAAUGAAGAUAGCAGUUGAAACGGCAGAAGCACUGGCAUACUUACACUCCUCAACUUCAAAUCCAAUCAUACAUCGAGAUGUGAAAGCAGAAAAUAUACUCUUAGAUGAUGCUUAUACAGCAAAAAUAUCAGACUUUGGAGCUUCAAGAUUGAUUCCAUCAGGUCAAACUGAAAUACAAACUUUAGUGCUAGGGACAUUCGGCUACCUAGACCCGGAAUAUCUGCAAUCGAACCAACUAACAGAAAAGUGUGACGUCUACAGCUUUGGUGUCCUAGUGGAGCUACUAACAAGCAUCUUUAUUUCUUCCAUGGAUGAAGAUUGCUUGAAUCAAAUUCUUGAUGAUGACAUUGUGAACGAGGGAAACAUUGAGACAGUAAAGAAUGUGGCCAGUCUUGCAAAAAGAUGCUUGAGGGUAAAAGGGGAGGAAAGGCCUACCAUGAAAGAAGUAGCAAUGGAGCUAGAGGGAAUGAGGAUUACAGCAAAGCACCCAUGCGGAACUAAUGUUUGUUUCUGUCCAGAAGAAAAUGAGUACUUGCUUGGGUCACUUGAUUCAGAUGCUUAUGUUUUGGAUGUUAGAGGAGGUGGUGGUAGUUCUAGUGGUUUAACUACUGGUACAGGGUAUGACAGCAUGCAAAUACAAAUGUUAAUGCCUUAUGGUGAUGGACGAUAGUUGAUUGGCGUGUCAC